GCCAGCCGGAGCUGCCUGCGGGGCGGGGUCUGGGCUGCUCGUCGCGCCGCUGCCCGCCUGGGCCCGCUCCUCCUCUGCCUCCGCCUCCGCCUCCUGCUCCUCCUCCUCGCCGGCGAUGAGCGGCGGCGGCUGCUGCUGCUGCGGCACUGGGCAGCGCUGCGCCCGGCCAGGCGGCGGCGGCGGCGGCGGCGGCAGCGGGAGUCUCCGCAGCUGCGAGGGCUGCAGCAGCUCGGAGGGCGAAUGGAGGCGCCGGGAGGGGCCGCGCCGCCCCCGGAGCUGAUGAAAGAGGCCCAGACGCCGGAGGAGCGAGCCACCCCCAUCAUCGUCCCCAUACAUGGGCUGGUGGAAGAGUCCCGCAGCCCACCUGCAGAGGAGGCGGGAGGGGUCCCCAUCCCAACAUCAGGGCUGCUGCAGGUUGCAGAGCGCAGGCAGCCCUUGAGUAGCGUCUCUUCCCUUGAGGUGCACUUUGACCUCCUGGACCUAACUGAACUUACAGACAUGUCCGACCAGGAACUGGCAGAAGUCUUUGCUGACUCAGACGAUGAAAACGUCGCCAACGAAUCCCCAGCUGGUCCGCAUCCACACCCGCAUCCGGGCUACCUGCGCUCCCCAUCCUGGACCCGGACAAAAGCCGAGCAGGGCCGGGAGAAGAAGCACCUGAGUGACUCGGAGCUCCAGGCCGGCAAAGUGGACACUUUCCUGAUGACGGUGGAGAAGCCAAAAGAAUGACGGGGGGCGGCCGGCGCCCAACCCCCAGGCCGCCCACGUUGUUCCCUCUUGCACUAACCACAACUUCCAGGCCAUUUGUGACCUUAAGAGACCUUCAUUCCUGCCCGGCCCACUCCCAGAACAGAACCCCGGGACCUUUGCACGUGCUGCCGGAAGUAUGACUCCCUCGGGUCCUUCCUUCCCCUGAGUUACAUUUGCCAACGGAGAACCUCCUCCUUCUCUGUGCCAUUCCCAACAAGGAGGAGAGGCGCUGUCUAGGGCGGGGUGGGGGGGCGGCUGGUUCCCCACCAUCUCCGGGCAGCCCUCCCUCGCCCUCUCCUGCCCCCUCUGAACGAGCAGCAGCGGCCGUGACUGAGCAACCGAGGACAAGCCUAGCCGUGUGCCUUGAGAACGGGGGGGGGGGAAUCCAGGCCAGGGCAAAGAGCCCCGUGAUACCAAAGGAACCGAGGAGGGGCAAACCUGGCACCAGUUCCAGGGAUCUUGCAAGACUCCAGGGAAGCGUCCCCCGGCCCAGAACAGCUCCAGCCCUCACUUCUGAAAAGCACACGACUCUCUUCCUCCCAGUCGCCUUAACUGCUGCCCAGGCUUUGCUCUAAGCACACCGAAUUCUGGCCUGGCAGGGCUUGCUAAUGCCCGGGGGGGGGGCACACCACAACACCACCCCUUUCGUAAGAGGAGCAGCUCUGCUGCCUCGGAGAAUGUGGCAAACCCUGCAGCCAGCGGCAGGGACGAGCAGCCCAGUGCCUGGACGUCUGCUGGCCAAAACGGCUUCCGGAGGGGAGCGGAAAGGGACGGCGGGGCAGCAGAAGCCGGGCAAGAGCAGGGGCCAAGCAGCCCAGCGCCGGGUGCUUCCAAAAUGUCCUCUUGCCAAGCACGAAGGUCCCCACAGGUGGUGUGUGAGCCCCAAAGCUGGCAGAGGCUGGCAUUGUGCAAGUCCUGCAGCAGCAUCAGGGCGCCAGCUGAGAGCUGCAAGAGGGUCAGCCGAGACCCGAGUCUUCCUUGCCACGGGUCCCUCCUCCUGAGCCUCCCCAUCCUUCAGCCCCACUGGCGGAGGAGGCCCUCGCUGCCUCGGGGACUCCACGGCCUCUGGACAUCGACGGGAUCUGCCGCCCGGCGUGCCUCCCCUCGCCUCCCCAGGCCCCGGCUUCGUCUUCUUCUUCGUGGCAACAGAGAGGGAAGGCUUUGGGCGAAGGCUGAGCCCAGCCUCAGGAGCAGGCCGACUCCGAGGGCUGCAUCCCCACCGCCGCCCUUCUCAGACAGGAAAAGGCCCGGGCGCAGCAGGGGGAGCAGAGCUGGCCUCCCCCAGCCCCUCGUUGACAUGGCUGGGUCCUCUUCCGUGGACAAAGGCCGCUCCAGGCAACACACCUCCUCGUGGUCAGCUCACUGCGGCUCCCAUGAUGGGGCACCGGCGGGUCACUAAGCCAGGCUAGAGCAGAAGCUGGGCCCCCGUGGCCCGCUGCUCCCCCAGAGGAGGGACACCUGCCCAACUCCCAACGCCUGCAGAGCCGCCACGCAGCCCUGCCCCACCGGAGGCAACCGUCUGCACAGCCUCCGACGCCGCUUCCGCCUUGGGUGGGGCUGCACGGCGCCUUCGUGGGCUGGGCCUCUCGGCCAGUGCUGGUCCCCAUGCCAGGCUGAUCAGCGGGGACUCCGCCUGCAUCCUCUGCCCUCUCUGGUGACCAACAGGGCCGGUCUUCAGCAGCACAAGGGCACUGGCCCCCUGGAGCGAGGGGGAGACGUUGGAGGCCCACAGCUAGAGAGCCACCCCCCGCUCCCACCCCACGUCCCCCCCCAGCAUCAAAACCGCCACCGCCCUGAGCCCCCUCUCUGCCUGAGGAAUGCUGUCCUUGCAGGCCAGAGUGCACGGGCCAGCAGAAGACGGCUUCCAAGGGCCACCAAGGAGCCCUUGGCAAAAAGGAGGAGGGGACUCGGCGGCUUGUCCAGAGCUUCGCGGCCCAACGGAUGAGCAUCUGCUGAUGGCAGCACAACCUCAGCUGGCAGCCGGCUGAAGCGGAAGCGCUGCUGGUGUGUAUCCCGAUGCCCAGCGCGGAGACGCGAGCCACCCCAGGGGCUCAGCGAGAACAGCAGCUGCUCCCCCAGUUAAUCCUUUGCUUCCCCGGUCACCGUCAGCUGUUUGCAGCGAGGCUUCCAAGCCCAGCACCUUUCCGGCUGAUGGAAUCCUGCGGGUGGCUUGUCACGUGGACACCAGCAGCAGCCCCGGGCCGGCCGAGCCCCUUUGCCAGCUGAAGCCGGACCGGCCAGGCUGGCAGCAGCUGGAAGGAGCAGCCUCUUCUCCUGGAAGAAGCGAGUUGGUGAGGCAGGGUUUGGGUCGCCACCCGCAGAACAAAAGAUUGGUGUCAGGGAGACACCAGCUUGGCACUGCCAAGACCCCGGAGGCCAGGGGGAGAGAGACCAGCCAGCGGUGAUCAGCUGGGCUUCUCUCCCCCUCACCCCUGGGACCGGUCUCCGGCUGGCUGAAGAAAAGAAGCUCCCCGAGGGGGUGCAUCUCCCAGGUGGCGCCCUGCCGGUUGCUGGGUUGGCCAGGUGCGACUGAGCCGUGGGCCUGAGCUCCUUGCCCAAUGCAAAGCACAAUCCCCGGGGCCUCACCUUGUGCGUACGUGGGAGACCCACCAAGGGAGGCAGCUGCUCCCUGGGCUCUGCACUCUGGAGGCUGCCAGCAACGGCCUCAGGGAGAGGUUUUUGGUUUUGUGUUUUUUUGAAGCCACAGAACCAAGUUUCCUAGGAGGAGCAGGAGCAGCAGUUACUAGGGGGAGGCCUCUCCCCUUUUCAAGCACACAGGCCCACCCAGAGGGGCUCCCACGGGGCCUUCUUCACGGCAAGCUGGCGAGACAGGCUCCGAGCCACGGUGAAGAUGGGGAGGGAGCCCAGUGAAGGUCCAACGUGCCAUUCCUGGUUGCACAGGCUGGGAGCCUCUGCUCAAAGCCCGGGCAGUGACUGAGAAGGCAAGCUGCCCACUCAGCGGAGGGCCCGGAGGCCCCUCCAGACACCCGGGGCGCCUUGGCAGUCUUCAUCUGGGCAGCAGGGAGCAGCCCAAGCCUUUCUGCAGGCAGGCACUGAGAAGGGGGCCUGAAGGAACAAGGCCCCGCCCGGAAUCCACUGCUCCCACCAGCCCCUGCUUUGGGCACAGCAACGGAGCUGCACGCGAGGCAGAGCCAAGCAGCCACCCCUCGGCAAGGGAGUUGGCUGGCACAACGGGGUCGUCUCAAAGGGGCAGGGAGGGGCUGGAAGUCGCCUGAUCAUGGCGCGGCACGUUCUUGAAGAGCAGGUCCGCUCCCGGGGGUCUGGGUUCGCCCCCCCCCCCCAAGUCACGGAACCCAUGUGACUUGCCCAACGUCUUAGCCGCUUCUUGCCAACUUCUUGGGCAAGCUCCAAAUGCCAACUUCAAAAUGCCAACUUCUUGGGCAAGCUCAGGACUGAACGCCGCCGUGCUCCACAUCAGAUCAGCACCCCCCCCGUUUUGUCUCUCUCUCUCUCAUACACACACACACACACCCAUGUGUAUUCCAGACGGGGGAGUUUGGGACGUGCACCAUGCAUUUACUCUGUGCCGAUUUGCAGCUGCCUCCAGAUCAGGUGCCAUCAGCUGCCGCCGCUGCUGCUGCAGAACGGACCCAGCAAAAGACGACCUCUGGCCGGAACUCCUGGCUGCUGUAUGGCUGAACCAUUAAAGCCCCAAUGACCCUG